UACAUUUACGAGUACUCGGAUCCGAGUUAUAUUUGCGAGUUGAGUUCAAUCGUUUACAUUACGUCCGAGUAAAUUCAAAUCUUUUUGUGUUUAAAAAUGGCUCCUUCAAGAAAAAAACGUGCCGCUGUAACUUUAGUAUUGUUUAUGGUGUUUAAAAAGAGGAAAGAAUAUGACAAAGUUAAACGAAAUAGAACUAUUUGGGUUAAACAACAUUUACAAGAGCGCCACAGACUUGGAAUUGAAGAAAAUCUGCUAAAAGAUUUGUUAACCCAAGACAGGAAAGAUUUUAAGAAUUUCAUGCGGAUGGACUACGAAACAUUUUGUAUGUUACAUAUAAAGGUUUUCCCCUAUAUAAAAAAACAGAAUACAUAUUUACGAAGUGCUAUAAGUUCUGAAUUACGCCUUGCAAUAACAUUAAGAUUUCUUGCAACUGGAGAUAGCUAUAGGUCAUUAGAAUAUCUGACCAGAGUAUCAGCUUCCACAAUAAGUUUAUUUGUUCCUCAAGUAUGUGAAUAUGUAUAUGAAGUGUUGCAGCCCCAGUAUAUGAAGUUUCCUUGCACAAAAGGCGAGUGGGAAAAAAUUGCCAAGGAAUUUGAAAACAAGUGGAAUUUUCCAUAUACCAUUGGUGCUAUAGACGGCAAACAUAUUGUAAUAGAAGCACCGCCCAAUGCAGGAUCCUACUAUUUCAAUUACAAGGGCACACAUAGUAUAGUGUUAUUCGCUUUAGCAGAUGCAAACUAUAAUUUUUUGUAUAUUGAUGUUGGUUGCAAUGGACGUAUAUCAGAUGGAGGUAUCUUCAAAAAUUGUACAUUAAAUCAAGCAUUGCAAGAAGCCACUUUAAAUCUACCACCUGAUAAAUGCUUACCAAAUCGCAUUAAGCCAGUACCGUAUGUUAUGCUAGGGGAUGAGGCAUUUGCUCUUUCAAAGAAUCUUCUAAAACCAUUUCCAAGGAGCAGGCCUCUUAAUGCAAAACAGAAAGUUUUUAAUUACCGACUCUGUCGUGCACGUAGAGUAGUAGAAAAUGCCUUUGGUAUUUUGACAUCACGUUUUCGAAUAUUUAGAAAACCAAUUUGUCUAAAAGUAGAAACUAUUGAUAAAAUCGUUUUAACCGCAUGUGUCUCACAUAACUUCUUAAAAAAACAAUGCCAAGAGGUUACCCUAAAUUACGAGCUUGAAGAUAUUCCAACAAGUAUGAGAGGAAUAGCUCAUCGAGGAAGUAACAAUGCGAGUGAAGUCGCGCAUUCAAUACGUAACGAAUUUGCAGAAUAUUUUUAUAAUGAAGGACAAAUUGAUUUUCAGUGGAAACAUAUUUAGAAAUUAUUUGAUUUUGAUUUUUCAACAUAUGAAAAUAAUUUAUUGUUACUUAUUAAUAAAUGACUAAACACUAAAUAA